CCUAAACACGUAACUCAGAUGUACACUGGUGUUUGGUUGGAGUAGCUGGUGUGUGUGGACCUGUGGAAGUGUGAGUGCUUUGCAUGCACAGUCCAGCUGGAGGGUUUGUGAGGACAGUGAGUGCAGCUACUGGAGUCAUGGUUGCUCGGUUGUUAAUUGCAAGGUUUUUACUGCUUUAUGUUUUGAGUGAUGUGAACUAUUCCUCGGCUUUUCCAAGAGCCACAAGUUCUGUGCAGCCUAGAGCAUGGCAGGGUGGAAGAGGGGAACAAGAUGUGUAUGGAAAUCCUCGUCCUUUCCAGUACAUGAGGGCUCUGAGGCCGACGGAUCCAAUGAUCUACCCUAACGUGCGUGAUCAGGUUCAAGUCGAAUCCCCAACAUCAUAUCUUCCACGCUCUAAUAUUCCUACCCACAGACCCAUGGAAACAUCUCUGCUCCAGCCACGAGCACACAGAAACCAUCUUGUGGCCAAGCCCAGGAGCUUUAACAUAAGCCUGAGGAUUCCUUUUGCUCACACUCGUGAUGGUGCUUAUCGUCCUCGGUACGGACCAAGCGGCCUUAUUAUUGACAACAGUUUUAAUAAUCCCCGCAGAGACCAUGCCCAUGAUCCUUCAAACCUGGGCUACCAGUUCAGCUUAUACGUUCCCUUUUCACGUGGUUCUCCACGCCCCCCAGGUGGCCAGGAACAUCACGGUGGACGUCGACACAGGCCUGAGAAAGACGAUUUGGGUCGUCAAACAGAGCACUUGCCAGUUCAUACAAGGCCGUACCCUGACCAGCAUCGUGAGGAUCACGAGCAUCGUGAUGAAGGCCGCCUGCAGGAGUUUGCAUUUCCAAAGCCAGAUGGACCAGAACACCCAUCAAGGCUGCGUCAUCCUCAAAGAUAUGUCGACCCUUACAGUGGCUACUACAACUCCCAGAUGAAUCCUACGUGGAAUGACUACUGGUGGCAUUACCGUGGACCUCACUGGGGUCAUGUAAAGCAUCAGUCUUCUGACCCUUGGCCAAAUUUCCAUCGGUCAGCUUCAGACUGGCAUGGAUGGAAGAGAUGACCCAAACUCACAGGGCAGAGCUGCUGCAGCAGUGGGUGGGCACAUCUACGGCCCCCGACAGAGCAGUUGGGCGAGCACCUCCACAUCGCUUUGGUCUGACCCCACUUUUUGUCUGCUUCCUUCUUAGCUGGAAUAUGGUCAGAGGAUGAGGAGGCAGAAUAAAGGGACAGAAAUAUCUUCUAAAGGUUUUGAUAAGUCUGGUGUGGCUGAGAAAAGUGCAGCCUCAUGUCUUUAGUAAAUCUAAAGACUCUAUAGCACCCCCAAGAGGCUGAAAUGUUUAUUACAAUGAAUGAGCACUUUUAAACAUGCAAUUAUUCAAGCUGUUACACAGUAUUACUGUUUAUGACCAAAAUGAGGUUGCAUGGAAGAAACUGUCUUCUAUGGUGUCACCAAUGAAUGCAUCUGUGUGA